UUAAACCUGACUAACCCUGAAGGAGAAACACAGAGCUGCUCUAAGAGGAGGAGCAACACUGGAGGGAGGAGAGCUGUAACGUCACUUCCCAUAAAUGAAACUUAUCGUUUGUCAGAGCUGCAGUGGAGACACGUCUCUGGAUUUUCUGUCUGAAGGAAGAUUACACUGAGUUUGUCAGUUCUUUCUCAGCACUUUACUCAAAUAUGGACAUGUCUUCUGUCAGCUGCCUGCUAUCCGAAGAGCAGUUUCGGUGCGCCAUCUGUAUGGAUGUGUUCAGGGAUCCAGUCAGCACACCAUGUGGACACAACUUCUGCAAAACCUGCAUCACUGCACACUGGAAAAUUAAUUACAGAUGUCCCUUGUGUAAUGAGGGUUUUAAAAAAAUACCUUUGUUGAGGGUCAACACUUUGUUAUCUGAGAUGGUUGGUGAGUUCAGACAGUCGGCUCAACAGAAAGCCAACCGCAAACGGUCACAGCAACAAUCGUUCAAACCAGUAAAUGUUCCCUGUGACUUUUGCACUGGAACCAAACUGAAGGCCCUGAAGUCCUGCCUGGCGUGUCUGGCCUCCUACUGUGAGACUCACCUGGAGCCUCAUUUCAAUGUGUCAGGUCUGAAAAGACAUCAGCUGAUCGACCCUGUGGAGAACCUGGAAGACAGGAUGUGUCCAAAGCACGAUAAACCUCUGGAGCUGUUCUGUAAGACCGACCAGACAUUUGUCUGUCUGCACUGUUCUGCUUUAGACCACAAGAUGCAUGAGUUUGUUCCUCUGAAAGAUGAAUAUGAAGACAAGAAAGUUGAGCUGGUGAAGACAGAGGCUAAAAUUCAGGAGAUGAUCCAGAAAAGACGAGUAAAGAUUGAGGCGAUCAGACACUCAGUAAAGUGUAGUACAGAAAAUGCGCAAAUGGAGUUAUCAGAAGGUGUUCAGGUCUUCACUUCUCUGAACAAGUUUCUUGACAGUGGCCUGAAAGAGCUCAGUCGAACACUAGGAGAGAAGGUGACAACAACACAGAAACAGGCUGAAGGCCUCAUCAAAGAGCUGGAACAGGAAAUAUCUGAUCUGAAGAAGAGAAACACUGACGUGGGGCAGGUCACACGCUCAGAAGACCACCUCCAUGUCCUCAGAAGCUUCCCAUUACUGAAAGCCGUACCACCCACAAAGGACUGGACAAAGGUCAACGUCCAUGUAUCUUCAUAUGAGAAAACUGUGGAGGGGGCCUUGAUCCAGCUGGAGGAGACCCUUAAUAAAGAGAUGAAGAAGCUGCUCGGUGAGGCUGAGCUGAAGAGGGUCCAGAAGUACGCAGUGGAUGUGACUCUUGAUCCUGAUACAGCACACCCUGAACUCAUCCUGUCUGAUGGUGGAAAACGAGUGAGUCUUGGUGAUGUAAAGAAGAAUCUCCCAGACAACCCAGAGAGAUUUUCUCAUUAUAAUUUUGUUUUGGGAGGGCAGAGUUUCUCUUCAGGCAGAUUUUACUCCGAGGUUCAUGUUCAAGGGAAGCCUAAAUGGAAUAUAGGAGUGGCCAGAGAGUCGAUCAACAGGAAGGGAGAGUUCAACAUGAGGCCUCAGGACGGUUACUGGACUAUAUGUUUGAGAAAUGGAAAUGAGUACAAAGCUCUUGAUGCUCCGUCAGUCCUUCUCUCUCUGAAGUCUCGGCCUCAGAAGGUGGGGGUGUUUGUGGAUUAUGAGGAGGGUCUGGUCUCCUUUUAUGACGUAUAUACUGCAGCUCUGAUCUACUCCUUCACUGGCUGCUGCUUCAACGGGAAAAUCUACCUAAUAUUAAGUCCCUGUAAUAAUGAUGGAGGCAAUAAUGCUGCCCCUCUGAUCAUCGUCAGACGUACUGUCAAUCAAACCGCUUGAUUUUUGAGAUCAGCAUGUUGAGCAAUGCAAAUAAAGCAUUGCCAACAUUAUGAUAACAUACAGUGUACAUAUAUAUUUACACAUAAACAUGCCAAACAAAAUGUGCAUACUAAAACAGGCAUAGCGGUCAACACUGGUAUGCCAAUGUAUUAUAGAAAAAGAAAGAAAAAGUGCUUGACGAAAGAAUACAUGAAAUUAGUAACCAUCCGGAUCAGACGGAUCAGACAAAACACACACACACCCAC